AGCAAUGAAGAACUCAGCAUUUGUACAAGUAAUUCUUGUAGCAGUGUUGGUGAUGAGUAUGAAUGUCCAGUUUGGAUUAGCACAAUUACAAAAUCCAUUAACUUGCUUUUCGAAUUUCAAUGGCGUAAGGGGGUGCAUUAAGGAGUUGACGUCUGCUUUCUCGUCUGGCAAAGCUGAUAAUAUUUCGCCGGCUUGUUGUAAGGUUGUCAAUGGGACCAGUGAUUUUUGUUUGCUGGUCUUGUUUCCCAACCCUGCAACUCGAACUUUUUUGAAGCUAACAUGUAGUUUGGUGAAAGAUCCUCCUGCAUCUGCACCUGCGCCAGCACAAACCCCUGCUGCUCCAUCAACUACUCCAACUCCGCCACAGCCUUCGCCACCAUCAACACCAACACCGUCGCAACCAUCACCACCAACUCCUUCAUCACCUUCGCAACCAUCGCCAUCACAACCAUCAACACCAUCGGCACCAACCCCGGGAACAUCAGCAGCACCUGCGCCUAAAGCAGAAUCAGCACCAGCUCCAUCUGGUUGAAUUUGGAAACAAAGUGCAAUGCCUAUGCACUGACUGUUGUCAAUUAUUUACAGUAAUAAUGGAUUCUACAAGGGUCAUAUGUAAAAUAAAAAGUGCAUCAAAAUGUGCUGUUGUUUUUAUAUCGUUGAAAGAAUUAAUAAAGUUUCCAUAAGUAUUUUUCAUAUUCAA